AGUUCAUUCCCAGAAAAGAGGAUUUGUAUGUAUCAGCUUGAGCAUUUCCUAUGACUUGUAUAGGUUGUAAAGAGUGAUCAACAAAAAAUCUCGAGCUCUCAUGUACUGGAAAUAGUGAUACUUUCAAGCUAUACCAUUUCAACACUGAUUCAUCAUCACCAUGAAGUUGCUUCUUCUCUCCCUGGUUGUCCUCAUUGGUGCAGCAGCAGCCAUGCCACACUUGACUAAAUAUCGUGAGACUGCUCUAGAAGCUAUAAUCAGCAAAUUACUUGGAAAAGAGAAUGAAGUAAUGAUUCAAAACACUUGUCCGAGUAAUGGAUACGUGCUCUAUUGGACGCAAAGUUUGAAAUUCAUUUUCAAACCCGUUUGCAAUGGAGCCAUGGUGUGCAUUGACGCCACCCAGCCACUCCCUCCUCUGUGUCCCUACUACUAUGCCCCAACAUUAGGGAGCUUGGGAGAAUGCCAGCAGCUUAGCUGGACAGUUCAGAAUAAGAUCACUCAAUUUGAAAUCUGUAAUAGCAAGCUUUACGGUACAUGUCAAAAACAAUCGGCCAAUGAUCUCAGGAGGACAAUGACAGGAGUGUGUGAUGGAAACACUCAACCUGAAGUGGUACAACAAAAACCCAGAGUGUGUGAGAUCAAGCCUGAUGGUAGCGAAGAUUGCGGUGUGGCUCAAAUUAUGGACAAGGACUGUUUCUGUAUCGGUGGUCGUUGCUCUGGGACAUGCUAACUAGGAGUGCCUAAGAGCGAGAGAGACGUGAACUUGAACAGUAACUCAGCGACAUUUUGUGGCCUAGUGCAUGCAGUAAUAUAAUUAUGUAGAGUUGUGAAAAAUUAGAUUCAAUUAAGGUAAAGAUUUCGAAAUAGA